GUUUUUAACAACCAGAAGAGUUUUUGCCAUUAUCAUGUAGACAUUCUUCAGUUUGGCUGCCUGACACACAGAUUAAUUGCCUUUUAAACUGAGAAGAAAUGGGUAGCAAUUUGAAAAAUAUCCUAAUCGUUUCCUUAGGAUUUCUGUUUUUAUUUACAGCUUAUGGAGGACUUCAGAGUCUACAGAGCAGCCUGAAUGCAGAUGAAGGCCUAGGAACGGCCUCCUUAGGUGUUAUCUAUGGAACCAUUAUACUUUCCUCUAUGUUCCUACCACCAAUUCUAAUUAAGAAUCUGGGCUGCAAGUGGACCAUUGUUGUAUCCAUGGGCUGCUAUGUAGCAUAUUCUCUAGGAAACCUUUACUCAUCAUGGGAAACGCUGAUUCCCACGUCUAUAAUUCUAGGGUUGGGAGGGGCUCCUCUUUGGUCAACAAAGUGCACCUACUUGACCAUCAGUGGAAACAUGCAGGGAAAGAAGGAGAACAAAGAAGGCAGAGACAUAAUCAACCAGUACUUUGGGAUCUUCUUUCUAAUAUUUCAGUCUUCUGCAGUGUGGGGCAAUCUGAUGUCAUCGCUGAUAUUUGAGCUGGCUGAUGACAGAGGUGUUGGCGUAUUGUCUGUGAUCCUGGUGGCUGUGUUUCUAGAUGACCUGGACAAGGAAGCAGCCCAGGAGUUCAGAGACAAAAGGCAGCCAUUGUUCUCAGUUUUCCUAGCUACUUUCAAGCAUCUCCGAGACAAGCGACAGGUCCUGCUUAUCCCCAUGACAAUGUACAGCGGCUUUGAGCAGGGCUUCCUCGCCGGAGACUACAACAAGUCCUAUGUGACCUGUGCUCUUGGAAUACGAUAUGUUGGCUAUUCGAUGAUCUGCUCUGGUGCUACAAACUCCCUUUUUUCAUUUGCCUUUGGAAAGCUGUCACAUUAUACUGGAAGAAUCGCCCUAUUUGCCCUAGGUACAGUCACUAACUUGUCAUGUAUAAUAGGCCUGUUUCUUUGGAAACCUCAUCCUGAUGACUUGGCAGUGUUCUUUGUGUUUUCUGGCCUUUGGGGAAUGGCUGACGCUGUGUGGCAGACACAAACAAAUGCUCUUUAUGGAGUUCUAUUUGAAGAACAUAAGGAGGCAGCAUUUGCCAACUAUAAACUGUGGGAGUCUGUGGGCUUUGUAAUAGCCUUUGGGUACAGCAACUAUUUAUGUGUGGAUGUUAAGCUGUAUGUUGUGCUUGCUGUGUUGGUGGUAGGCAUGGUACUCUAUGGCUGUGUGGAAUACAUUGAAUACAAGAAUCCUACUGCCUGCACUGAGAACGAGCUAGAGGUAGAAAAGAAACCAUCUAUUGCCCAGUCUAUAUUGUAGUGAAGUAUUGUGGUUGACUCUGCACAAAAUAAUAUUCUUUUCUUUUAAUACAAUAAAAUACAAAAAGAAAGGUCUCAUCCACAUACAGUACGUCUCCCUAGGUUAAACAAAGAGCAUGUUGUGCGUUCUGUACAUUACAAUUAUAUAUGUAGCUCGAUAUGUGUAACAACUGUUUUAAUACUUGUAAUUGAUCUAAAUAAAAAAUAU